GCUGCAUCGCCCCUUCUAGAUCACAUGCCUAUCUCCCCCUUCUCUCUCCUCGAAACGGGGAGUCCCUUUCCCUCACUAAGCCCCGGAACAUUACUCCUCCACGACGCCAUCGGCCACCCCCACCGCCCAAUUCCCCUCUCCUCAGUACUCGGUUGACCUUACAUGGCCGGGGGCAGACGUAGCAGCCCUCGCUUCCGCUUGCGCAUUCCGAGCUCCCACUUCGCCCUCCUCAGGUCGCCGCUUCUCCACUAGAGCAGCUGAGAUCGAUGGAUAAUCACCAGCAGCGGCGGCACCGUCAGGGCAGUGCCAGGGGUAAUGCUCCCGGUCCCGGGAGCGGGAGCGGCGGCGCGUCGACGUCGUCGGGGAAGCACAAGGGGGGCAGCAAGGGCGGGGGCAAGAAGCCGAUCAAGGUGGUGUACAUCUCCAAUCCCAUGCGCGUCAAGACCAGCGCGGCGGGCUUCCGCGCCCUCGUGCAGGAGCUCACCGGCCGCCACGCCGACCCGUCCAAGUACAGCCCCGAAGACCUAGGCGGCGAGGGUGGCGCCGGCGCCGACGAAGAGGCAGCCGCAGUCGCCGUCAUCGACGGCGCUGGGCAGGAGAUCAGCUCCGGUGGCGCGGCCGCGUCUUCUGACACCGUUGUCGCCAGCCCCGGCGCCGCGGCGGACCUCCAGCCCGACGCCGCUACGGUCGCACCGUACGGCGGGUACUACUACGAUGACGACGGCUUCAGCUCGCAGCUGCUGGAGAACAGCUACGCGGUGUUCUCGCCGCCGACGCUGCUCUACGACCACCACCCCCAUAGCAAGUAUCCAUUUGGGUGAGCAUGAAGCAAAUUUGAUGCGGGUAAUACUGUCUUUAGAACUGGUACACACUACGCUUGGUCUUCAGAAGCUUUGCAUAGGAUGCUAAUAGAUGAGAUCAGGUCUGGUUUGCAAUUGGUUUAUGUUAUUUGUUGCUGGUGGUCGUAGCGGGAGUAGGAUUAUAUAUAGGAAUAUCUGGUGCCUGUCCCGCAGUGUUUGGGUGAUGAUGAUAGGCUGAUGGCUGGGCCAAAACCCGAAGUAAUCAACCAGAUUUGUCUAUGCGAGUUCACUGACAAAAGAAAAACCUUCCAGACACGAGGACCCUUCGAUUAAGGGAAUCAACAUUAUUAUUUUGUUUU